AUGGCGACCAUCAAAUUGAUGAAUCAAGAUUUGGUUCGAUUGGAUCGGUUCGAUGGCACAAAUUUCACAAGGUGGCAAGACAAACUGAAGUUUCUUCUCACCGCAUUGAAGAUCUUCUAUAUCUUAGACCCAGAAUUGACGCCAUUACCGGAACCCGCCAAUGGAGAAACCGAAGCAGUUAGAGCAGAAAGGCAAAAACGACAAGAAGAUGAACUCAUAUGUCGGGGUCACAUACUCAAUGCUCUUUCAGAUCGUUUAUAUGAUUUGUACACCAACACUUCUUCGGCAAAGGAGAUAUGGAAUGCUUUAGAAAGCAAAUACAAAGCAAAGGAAGAAGUCCUUGUCAACAAAUUAAAGGCGGUAAAGAUUGAAAUCCCGGAGACUUUUCAAGUGGGAGCUAUAAUAGCAAAACUCCUGGGAACUUGGAAAGGAUACCGGAAGAAAAUUAUGCAUAGUUCCGAAGAUUACUCUUUGGAACAAUUGCAAAGGCACCUAAGGAUUGAAGAAGAAUCUAGAUUACGCGAUAGAGGUGAAAACUCUUCGGAAGGAACUUCUAAAGCGAAUGCCAUAGAGAAAUCUGAACCACCUAGAAAAACCAACAAAAGGAAGCCUUCAAGAAACUUUAACAAGUUCAAGAAGAAGAACAAAGGAGGUUGCUUUGUGUGUGGAAAGUCUGGUCACUAUGCAAAAGACUGUAGACACCGGAAAAGAAACAACUCCGAAGGAAAAAUCAACUCCAUUCAAGAAGAAAAGAUUGUGGCCACCGUGAGCGAGAUAAAUGCAAUUAAGGGAAAGGUUCCCCGGUGGUG